UGGAAGGAGUGCUAUUCGAUGCACUAUCGAAAGCAAGAUUGAUUGACCCCGACGCAGGGUUUGAAGGUUGUGACUGGUCGAGGUGUGGUCGUACAGAUAGCGGAGUCAGCUCGGCGGGCCAGGUCGUUGCAGUUCGAGUCAGGAGCACUCUGCGACCACUUGCAACUGUGGAAGAGGCAGACGCUGCAAUUUCAUCAAGCACACCCCCAGAGCCUGAAAUCCAAUACUUGCGGGUCUUGAACCGUAUCCUCCCGGACAGUAUACGCAUAAUUGCUUGGGCAUCAGUGCGAGAAAACUUUUCGGCACGAUUCGAUUGUCGCUAUCGACAUUACAAGUACUUCUUCAACUCCUUACCACCACCAUCGGGUCCUCUCGACAUCGACUUGAUGCAAGAAGCCGCCAGUCGGCUGGUGGGGACCCAUGACUUCCGCAACUUCUGCAAACUGGAUGGAAGCAAGCAGAUCGAACGAUAUGAUCGGCGCGUCAAUUCUGCCGCCAUUUCGCGAGUAAAAAGUACAACAGAGGGCGAUGAGACCCUCUUUGUCCUCGAUUUAAUUGGAUCUGCUUUCCUAUGGCACCAGGUUCGACACAUUAUGGCGAUCCUAUUCCUAGUAGGACAGCGCUUGGAAGAUGUUGACAUUGUGGACACAUUGCUCAAUGCGAAUCCCGAGCGCCCAAACCCUGAUGCCAGCAUCCCACUCCUCCCAAACCGGCCCCUUUACGAUAUGGCGGAUGGUCUCCCUCUGGUUCUGUGGGAAUGCGGUUUCGAUAAGGACGACGUCACAUGGCGAACGGACGAGCCAGAAAGCACUGAAGUAACGAAGCCUACGGCGUCACCAUCGACAGUUCAGCUUCUUGAAUCAAUGAAUUCGUCACAUACCUCAUCCGUCAUCCGCACCGCUCUUCUUCGUCAUUUCCUCGAAGCAGCAGAGGUUCACCAUGAGUCAGCAAGUGACAGAUUAGUGCGCUUGCAGCGAGGGGGAGGGCACAUACAGCAUAUCAACAAAUAUGUACCUCUUCUCAAACGCAAGCGAGGUCCAACUCCGGCAGAAGUGAAUGAGAAUUGGAGGAAAGGUCGUGGUCAAGUGCUUAUGGACAGGCGCGCUCGUGCCAAAGCUAUUGACCCUUCAGUAGAGAAACGUCUCCCUGACGCUGAAGAGGGUAUAGAUAAUACAGAAAAAGGAAGCGUCUAUGAUGGGGAGCGAAUCAAGGAGAUGAAGAUCAGAGAACAGGCAGUUAUCCGUCCCGUGUUCAAACACGUCAGUCUACUUAUCAAAUUGGGAACGGAGGCGUCGAAUACCUACGUCUUCGUGGCCAUGGCGUCUACCUGGAUCGCGGGUGCUGGUGUCGUUUGUUGUGUGAUGGUGACGCCCACGGUUCGGUAUGUCGCUGCCUUGGCUGAACAUAGUAGACCGAGCUUGAGCGAUGUCGACGAGGCUCUCCAUAGUCUCGUGAGCGACCGUCUGUCACAUAGACGACAGGCCGAGUACUGGUUGGGACGGAGCUUCGACGAUGAUUGGAUGAUGGGUAGUAGUAGAGAGCUUCAGGCUGGUUCGACGUCACAACAUUGUGCGGCGCACCCGGCGGCCAUGGUGGGGCUCCCGCCUCAACGCUCCUCGCUCACCGCACAAAAGUUGCGCACCAGGGAACAAUUGAAAAAUGUCGUGUUAUUCAAUGCCAGUACUUCUGCACAAAUGGAGCCACUACGCGCCAUGCUUCGUCAACUGCUGCAACGAUCGACUCUGGCAAGGGCCCUUUCUCAAGGUCAAUGA